UUAUAUGUAUUAUAUUAUUGCAUUAUUACUAUUGAUGCAACAAUAUGCAGACAGUAUUUUGAUCUCACCAAGUGGCCAGGUUGGAGCUAACGUGUAUUACUUUAUAUACUGUUGUGGGUAGCUGAUGUAUAAAAAUGUCUCACUUGAAAAGAUAACCAUAUUUUUGUCAAUAAAAUCUUAGUAACAAUACAUAUAAAGUACAAUACUUGCCUCUGGAAUGUAGUGGGGUAGCAGUAUAUAUCAGUAUGAAAUGGAGAUUCUCAAGUAAAAGAACAAGUACCUUUAAUAUUGUGCUGAAGUCCAGUCAGUACCAGAGUAAAUGUAAUUACUUUACUUUUCACAAUUGGCUGUCUUGGCUCGUAUAUAACCUCUGUGCUUUAAUUCUCUGCUUUGCUGAAAAUUUUUGUGUUUACUUCCUCCACCUAAUGAACAUCUGCCUGUUGGCUCUAGUCUUUAAAUCCCAAAAGGGGGAUUUGCCUUGACCAGGGGUCCUGCUAGAAAUCCUGGGCUAGAACUAGUUCACCAUGGCCCCUGAAACAGUAAAUAUACUGUUUAUAAUGCUUAUUAUUUGGGACUUUAUGUUUAAUAUGUAUGUUGUGUGUCUACAUUUUCAUGGGAAAGUCCAUUUAAAUUGACCUUUUUAAUAACCUGGUUACCUGUAAGAGCUGUCACUGCAUCACCACACCCAUGUGAGGAUUGACAGCACGUUCCUGGUCCCUCCCCCAAAGCACAGAUCUUAAUCCCUGUUAAUCUCUGCAUCUACUGAGAGUAUGCAGUCAUGGCUGCACCGAGGGAGAAUUUACUAUCUCUUGGGCAUCUGACUGGCACAGACAGAGACACUUUCACAAAUCGAAGAGAGCACAGUCUAAAAAAGAGUUUCAACAGGUCAAUGACAUUGCAAGCUGAUUUUUCAACUCAUCAGGGUCCCCAACAUCUCAGGGUGAUGCAUCUGCAACAACGCUGGCAGGAGCUGAAGGACAGAGAGCGUACAGCCCAGCAGCACAACAGGCAGCUGCUGCAGCAGUUUGAGGAGGCUCAGGGCACACUGAGAGAAAUGAUGGCCCGCACUGCUGCCAUGAAAACUAUUCGGAUGGAGUAUGAGAGGUACCUUGAGGAGAACUCCCCCCGCUGGCAGCAGCAACUCAAGGAGAAAACACAGGCUGCUCAGAGGAAGAGGAUGGAUGAGUAUUUGAAGAUGUGUCUGAAAAAUACAGAAGAAGAACAAGUGACAAAGUCUUCUGUAGAUCGACAUUUACUUUCACAAGGUGCUACCAAAAAGCCACAAAAAGUUUCUGCACCUCAGGAGUACUACAGUCAAAACAGCCACUUGGACUACAACAAAGAUGACGCCCUUCAGUCAACCUGGCUGACUCACCCUCAACCCCAGACAGUGAGGUUUCCUGUCAGAGUGCCCUAUCGACCUCAGGGCUCCUCUCAAGCUCCUCCAUCUUUCCUCCCACAUCCUCACCCGUUCCAGCUCCAGCACCUCGCUGCCACUCCCGGUCAUCACCAACCCCGGCCCAGGCAGAAUCCACCAGGCUGGGCCUCCACUCAGCCCGACCACUCCUGGUUCUGGACUUCUGGUGCAGCUGGGAUGCCUUCAGGCUAUGAGGCUUUGUGGGGUCAGCUCUACAUGGAGGAGCCUCCUCCUGAGAGAGGGGUGGUACCUGUUGUAGCAGAGGAGGCUGAGACGAGCAGAGCACCAAGCCUAAAGACGGAGAGAGGUGGUGGAAGCAGGAGCAGUCACUUAUCCCAGGAGCUGGACAUUAAACCAGUCCGUCUGUCCAGUGGCCACACAGAGAGCAGCGAGAGUGGCAGAGAUUCCAGUCAGCCGAGCGGAGAGAAGAAGAGGAAGAGGGAGAAGAGAGGAAGAGCACAGCGUACCUCCUCAGAGAGUGAAAGAUGCAGUUCUCAGGAGUCAUCUAGGACUUCCAGUGCCAUUGUCAUUGCCUCGGUUCCAGCAGCCCGAACUUCAGAAAGUGAAGCCUCAUCAGAGAAAAGCAGCACCAGAAGUAAGAAGACAAGGCGGAGGGUUGAAGAAGUGGCUGCUGAAUCACCAAGGAUGGAGAAGGUAGCAAAGAAAAGGAACAAGAGCAAAGGAGACAACCAAGAAAGUCACAAUGAGGAGAGUCAGUGUACUAGCGAGGAGUCAGAGGAACCCAGGAGUGAAAAUGCGGGGAAUCAAAGUCCUGAUGAAAAAUCAGAGAGCUGCAGGGACGAGUCAGGAUCCCAGAGGGAGGAGGGGUCAGGGAGCGUCAGUAUACAACUUGAAAAUGGAGAUGCAGAUAAAUCAGAGCAGGAGAGUAGCAGCUCUGAACAAAGCAGAACAGGACAAAAGGUUGUGGAAGUAAAGGGGCACGAAAAAGAACCAGGAGAUGGAGAGGAAGAUGACGAUGAAGGUAGUGAGGAAAAAAAGCCAAACAGCCAAAGAGAUGAAGAACAAGAGGACAGAUGUGUGGAGGAUGAGGAGGAGGUUUCUGCAAGAAAGAAUACCAUAGAAGAAGAAGAGGAAACAGGAGCAGAGGAUGAGAUGGAGGAGCAGGAGUCAGAUGAGGACCACGGAGAUGAUGAAGAGCAGUCAGACGGGCUUAAGAACGAAGACGGUGAGAUCAGAAAACAGACGUCUCCUCAGGAUGAAGAGUUGGAUGAGGAUGAGAGUGAGGGAAGUGAGGGCAAGAUAGAAGAGGAUGAUGAGGGAUCAGAUGAAGAGGAGGACGGAGGUGGGGAGGAGGAUGAAGAGCAGAGGAUUGACAAGGCAGGAGAACUAGAGGAGGAAAGAGAUUCAGAGGACAGUAUCAUCUCACCACAGGAGAACAGACCUAAAAAGAUUCACAUUAUUCCAGAGGAAUCAGCUGAAGACGAUGACGGGAAUGAUGGGAGCAAAACAGGAUCAUCUGAAGACGACUCAAAUGAAAUCAGUGAUGAGGAUGAUAUCGAGAAUCUCCUCGCACCUCAAAUGCAGAUAAAGAAAAACGAAGAAAAGGACCUGAAAACUGAAGAGAAACCCGAAGCAGUUUGUGACAAAGUGGAGAUUUUUCAAGUCACAUCGACAAAGACGGAUCAGCAGAGCGACUCUGAUGAGUUCGACCAUUUUUACGACUAAAUGUACCAAAGAA